AUGGGCCCGCCGCUGUGCGCCAUGAAGGCCAACUUGCUCACCUACUGGCGGCAGCACUUCGUGCUUGAAGAGAGUAUGUGCGAGGUGGACACGACGUGCCUGACGCCGGAGGAGGUCUUCAAGGCGUCUGGCCACGUGGUGCGCUUCAAUGACGUGAUGGUGCGCGAUACGGUGACCGGCGAGUGCAUCCGCGCCGACAAGUUCCUCGAGGAGUACAGCGAGGCGCAGCUCAAGGACCCCGCGCUGCCGCCGGGGCGGGCGCAGGAGAUGCACACGCUGCACACCCACGCGGCCGGCAUGACGCCGGCGGAGAUCCAGGAGGUGCUGCAGCGCUACAGCAUCACGUCGCCCCGCGGCAACCCCCUCAGCGAGCCGUUCCCAUUCAACCUCAUGUUCUCCACGAGCAUCGGCCCGGAGGGCGACCGCGUCGGCUACAUGCGCCCAGAGCUCGCGCAGGGCAUCAUUCUCAACUUCAAGCGCCUCAUGGACUCCGGCAACGCGCAGCGCAUGCCAUUCGCCGGCGCCUGCAUCGGCACCGCGUUCCGCAACGAAAUCGCGCCGCGCGCGAACCUUAUCCGUGUGCGGGAGUUCACGCUGGCGGAGAUCGAGCACUUCGUUAACCCCAACGACAAGAAGCAUGAGAAGUUCGAGAACGUCAAGGACGUGGAGGUCUGGGCUUGGCAGCGAGAGCUGCAGGAGGCGAAUGCCGAUCCCAUUCGCCUCACCAUUGGCGAGGCCCUUGCAAAGAAGAUCAUUGACAACGAGACGCUCGGAUACUUCAUCGCCCGCACGGCGCUCUUUCUUGAGGCGGUCGGCAUUCGCCACAUCCGCUUCCGUCAGCACCAACGCGACGAGAUGGCACACUACGCACAGGACUGCUGGGACGCUGAGCUGCUCACGUCGUACGGCUGGGUCGAGUGUGUCGGCAUCGCCGACCGCAGCGCGUACGACCUCACGCAGCACAGCAGCGCCAGCAAGAGGGACUUGUGCGCCCGUGAGGAGUUUACGGAGCCCCGCACCGAGCGCCAGCUGCAGCGCAAACUGCAGAAGGGCGUCAUUGGCAAGGCGUUCGGCAAGAAUGCCGGCGAGGUGAUGGAGUACCUAAACACCGCCCCCGAGGCGGCCUGCGUGGAGCUCAGUGAGCGUCUGGCUAGCGGCAGCGCAGAGAUCACGACGACUGGUGGCUUCACCGCGACGAUCACGCCGGCAAUGGUGCAGUUUGACUACAAAGACGUGAAGGUGACGGGGCGCAGCUACAUCCCAAGCGUGAUUGAGCCAUCCUUUGGCGUCGGCCGCAUUCUCUACGCGCUGCUCGAGCAGAGCUACUGGGUGCGCCGCGACGAGAGCGCCAAGAAUGAGAAGCGCGCCGUAUUUAGCCUGCCGCCGGUGCUCGCACCGCAGAAGGUGGCGGUAUUCCCGCUGCUCAUGAAGCCAGAACUGCAGAAGACAGUUGAGGCGAUCCGUGGCGACAUGGUACUGCACGGCAUCUCCACCCGCACCGACGACAGCGGAGCGUCGAUUGGGAAGAAGUACGCCCGCGUCGACGAGCUCGGCAUCCCGUUUUGCGUCACGUGCGACUUCGAGAACGACGGCUGCGUCACGCUGCGCGAGCGCGACUCCGCGCGGCAGGUGCGCAUCCACAAGGAGAAGGUCGUGCAGGUCGUGCUGGAGUUGUGCCAUCCCACGCGGCCGCGCGAGUGGGGCAGCGUCGAGGCGGAGUUCCCCGCGCAGGCAGCAGCAGCGGCGGCGGCGGCGUGA